GCCGACUUUUCGGUCGUGUGUCUCAAUGUUGUGAACUGUUACCGACAAUAAUGUAAACAAAAUAAUUUAUAUUCUCCAGUGAUUCUAAGUUAGUGUACUACAGUGGUGUUUUGAUGAUGUGUUAAGUGUGUGCCAGACAGUGAGCUGUGCCAAUUUUCUUGGGAUUUUCGUUUGAAACGGGUCCACUAUGGCGUCAGCGUUGUGUCUUCAGCUGCUCAUUGCAGCGGUUGCACCUGCUUUAGCGGACAUAGGGAUGAGGUUCAAGAAGUUUCCACAAUCAGUGGCCGCGCCCGUGGGAGACGAAGUGGCUUUCGAAUGCGUGGUGAACGUCCCCGGAGACAAGCUGGCGUGGCGGUGGAGGCCUGUGGACGACACUCGGUGGCGGGACGCAAACGGGACCAACGACAAGACUUCCACAAGGCUCAUCGUAACGGUUAAGGAGGAUACUCCGACUUCUAUGUACCAGUGCGUGGUAUGGUACGGGGUGGUGAGCUUGGUGUCGGUUCCAGCGAAACUUACUGUGGCCAGGCUGGAGCUGACGGGCUUGCGACCCAACACGAGGGUCAUCAGUGCUCCCCCUCAUAAUACUCUGGUGCUGCAUUGCAGGGAGCCUGUGUCAGAACCUACGGCAGUCAUUAAUUGGUGGAAAGAACACAAGGGCAACAAGAAACCUAUAGAGACACCUCACGGUGUCCUGGUGAUACACAACGCGUCAUCAGAACAUUCUGGCACGUACGGCUGUUCUGCAACUAAUGUGCCGUCUGACAAGACUGUGGAUUUACUUGAGAAGGUGCAUUUGAAGGUGGACCGCAGCGUGCCAGGGGAAGUAAAGUUCUUAGAAUCCGAAGAGUACGUCGGUACAAUAGACAACAACGGAGUGCUGACAGUGUCUGUGAAGCCAAGGGAACCGUUGAGAUUGUGGUGCGGUAUUGUAGGAUCUCCACCGCCCCGGGUCUCGUGGAGUCGACAGAGAGGCGCUCUCACUAGAGGCAAACACAACCACACGCUGAUCGUUGACCCGUUCACACCUGACGACGAUGAUGUGUAUUCCUGCUCGGCAAACGGUAUCCGUCGGUCAUGGAAGGUGGUAGCUCUGGAAGCUCCUUACUGGGAGGGCGAGGCUAACAACGCGAAUGCAACUGAGGGCGGUGAAGCACACGUCACAUGCGGAAUACCACACGGGCAGCCAUCUCCCACAAUUAGCUGGUUGUUGAAUUCCGAGCCGGUGGAGAGUGCCAAUACGAACAUAACUGUUGGUGACACGGAGCUUUUCAUCAGUCCUGUGGAGAAACGACACGCGGGAGUGGUGCAGUGCUUCGCGUGCAACCCACUCGGCUGCGCAUACGACGCCGCGCUGCUCACUGUAGUGCCGGUGCAGAUCUCUGACGACAUGGAUUAUUCCGCAGAAGUUCCCAAGACGUUACAUAAUCCUUCGCAGUCACCCAAAAGGCAUUACAGGAAAAAUCCAAGAAAACACAAAGUAUCAAUGAUUCCUCCUUCUAAGCCAAAUGUGACACGUCUAUCUGACACAAGCGUCAUGGUAUCAUGGUCGCAUCCCAACCAUGGACUGUCCAUACAAUUCUAUAAGGUGCAAUACAAAGAAGUUACGAACAUGAGCGACAUGUCCUGGCAGACCGGCAUCUGGGACAUACUGCCUCACAUCCACGCGUGUGAAGUGGACACCCUACACCCGAACAUUUAUUACAAGUUCCGUAUAGCGGCUGUUUAUUCAAACCAAGACAACAAGCAGGGUAAAAGCAGCGGCCGCUUCUACCUGCAACGCGGCGUGACGUCAGUGCCUCGCGCGCCCGUACUCACCGCCGCCGCGCCGACUUCUCCGCACGCCGUGCAGCUCAACUGGACGUGGUCGCCUGGCAGCGACGGCAUACAAGCGGAAGGCUUCUACGUAUACUUCAGAGCGUUGACCUCAGCGGGUCUCUACGACAAGGCGGCAGUCCCUAGUGGUAGUGCCAGGAGCGUGGUGUUGCCGCACCUUAUGCCGGACACCGCUUAUGAACUGAAGAUACGCUCCUACGUCACUCAGGCCGCUUCCGAGUUCAGCAGCAUAAAGGAUGUGAAAACGCUUCGUGCCACCAACGCCCCUACUACCACAACGGAGGCUCCGCCUGAAGACGUGAAGGGGUCCAACAGGGCUCCUGACCCCUUGGUGACCGCCGGCGGUGCUUUGGGUGCUGUGGCCUUGUUAGUGUUACUCGCUGUCAUACUGUUCCUGUGUAGAAGGGCUAAGCGGCCGCCUGCAGACAAGGAGAAAGGUUCUGUGCCGGAGGGCGGUGGCGGCAACGGCUACAUACAGGCUAAGGUUCCCAUUACGAUUACGGCUAAUCCCAUGCACGCUGAAGGCGGUGAUGGAGGAGUGGAAAUGUCGUUUCUACAUAACAAUAACUGUGGCAACACUGGCAACAACGAUGAUACACUACCGCAUUCCAGAAAGAAUGUACCGACGACGCGGCAAUAUGUUUGAAAGGGCGGAAAUUUCAUGCAGGGAUUUAGAUAUAAUGUGUUGCCCUUUACAAAACAAAUACUACCAUACUGGUAGAUUUAAUUGGCGUUAGAAAAUGUGAUAUAAUAUAAACAGAAGCCACAUUUGAAAUGUUAAUUAAUAUUUUAUUAUGUGUCGCUGUCGACCUUUAAAAACAAAUACUACCAUAUAGGUAGAUUUCAUUGGCAUUUAAAAAUGUGAUAUUGAAAGAAAAGCCAUAUUUGCUAUGUUAACGGAAUUAUCAGUACAAAAUAUACGUAGACAUAAAGGACAUUACUUAAUAUUAAGAUAUUGGAUUCAAUAUUGUUGGAAAGUGGUUUAUUGAUGUACUUUUGUGAAAAAUACUGACGUAUUGAUUAUUGACAUAAUUAAGAAUUAUGUUUUUGUUUGUUUAUAAUGACUAUAAUAUCAAUACGACUGUUUUUAAAAAUAAUGUCAAUACUAAGUAAGUUUUAUUCCAAUAAUAUUUACAUUUACAGAACAAAAUGCUUUCCUAAUAACGUGUAGAUAAUGAAAUGCAGAAGCAAUUGACGAAUUUAUAUUAUAAAUACUGAUAUUGAUAAUUUUAGAUCUGAGGGCCGAUCUUUGAUAAAAUCAUCUUGUAUCUAUUAAUUCUAUUAUAUAUCGUCGUUAAACAUUUGUAUUUAACAAUCGAAUUUAGAUCUUAAAAUUACGAAUCUCCAUUUUCGUAAAAACAAUAUUUCAAGGUACAAAAUCUUCUAUUGCGGUGUGGCAAUGUACUUAAUAUCAAUUAUUUUGUUAUCAAUUUUGUUAUAGAAGUUGUUUAGUUGUAUUAUUUCACAUAAAUAUGUAAUUAUUUCAUUUAUUUAUGAUUUCCGAAGUUUUUUCGUUUCUUGGAAGGUUGUGAUGGACCCCAGCAUUUAAUUAAUGACAUUUAAUUUAUUCAUAACUAUAAUUAUUAAUAACUAUAAACAUAUUGUACAUCUUCUAGUUCGAAGCGUGAUUUGGUAAAUCGCCAUAUUCGUUGCCACUUUUUGUAUUAGUGGGUGUAUAAUUUGUAAUAUCAGCCUAAUGUUGAUUGUGAAUUAUAUGAUAGUAAGUAGUUUAAGAAGACUAUUAGUAUUAUAACUCCAUAAGAAGAAAAAUAAUUACAAUGGUCAAGAAUGUAAUCAAGUUUUUCCAUCGAAUCUCAUAGUUAUUCUGUAAUCUUUGAAAGCGCCAUUAAUUAAAAUAUUUAUAAAGUUUAACUAUUUCACGAUAAUGAAGUUUGUACAAUCGAAUUUGUGGUGUAUCGCUACUUUAGGUAUGAUAUGACUGUUAUUAUGUUGUAGAAAAAUCCCUUGAACUUUAUUUAGAUAAUUUUAUUAUUGAUGACUAAGCGAACAUCCUUGCUCGGAAUUCUGGUAUAAUUACGAGUGGUUCGUAAGAAAAGAUUGAUAAAACUUGUAAUUUAGAAUUUUUCAUGUUAAUAACAAUGGCGGCUGUAAUGAAAAGUGACCAUAAAGUAUGAAUAAGACUAAGAACUCACGGAGCGGUUUUGUCUUGCAUCCGCCGCAGAUAGGGUUACCAUCCGUGUGGAUUAGUCCGGAAAUGUCCGGACUUUUAGACAAUAGUCCGGAUCUUUGAACUGUCCAGUUGUAUAUGAAUAAAAGUUCAUAUUUAUUUAAAUACCAUACCAUUGUAACUAACUGAGUAAUGGUACCAUUUUGUGACUAAAAAGUCCGGAUUUUUUUCGAAAUGUCAGCACCACUCAAAACACGCAUCUGUCGUAAUUCAUAUCGCAUCUUAUCCUGUGAUCCUACGAUACUGACAUUCACUUGGCAUCGAUGCGCGCAUCGGAUGCGAUAUAUCUGAUACCGAUGCGCAUCGAUUUAACAAAUAUCUAAAAACGACCAUCUCUACGCUACAUAUCAGACGUUUUGUUUGUUCCUCAGCGUAGUCUAACAACGGGUUAUUGUUAUACCCUAAAGCAGCAAACUACCGAAUUCUACAAUUGUACCUACUUGCAUUCAAGCGAUAUUAUUUUCUUGUUUCGCGGUUUUAUAAUAAUCCGUUCUUUAUAUACAGUUGUAUUUUUUUCCAGAAAUUGUGUAUUGUUUAACAACGAACAGAAAAUAAAAGUUAUAAUCAUUAUGAGUGUGCGAAUAUAUUUUAAAGUUUGCUUCGAAAAUUACUAAUGUUAAUUCCUAAUUAGCAAACGCUUAUUACUUACGUAAUAAUUGUUUCUACAAAUUAAAUUAUUAUGUUACUAGUUAUGGAGUUAAGUUAGUUAUAGUUAGUUACUUCAUCAAUGCACUCGCUUAAUUAACUCGCUUAAAAGACUGAAAACUAAUUCUGAAGACACAGAUUUUAGAACUGCGGUUGUUUGUAGUAAGAAAGACAGAUAUGCAUUUAGUAUAGUGAAUCUGUUGUUUACAGGUUUUCUGUAAAUUAUUUAAUGAAAAGGUAAAUGAAUGAGUAUUGUAGUUAUUAAAUAAAAAUUACGAUGAAA